UUUUUCUUCUCCCUCUCUUUCAGUUUCUCUCUCUAAACCGUAGCCCCCAAUUUCUAGAGAGAGAAGACCCAAAUUCCCAUUUCAAAUGAAAAUAUAAUCCGCUAAAAUUAACAACAGAAAAAUAAAUUGAAUUUUCUCAGUAUCCAAACGAAGAGUUCCUUCAAAUUUUUUCUAAGGAAAUGUCUCAUUUUGUGUUUGGAACAGCUCAAAUCCCCACGACCACAACAACAAGCAAAACGACACCGUUAAAGCCUCCGAUUCCGCAACUAUGUCCACGUCAGCAGCUGCAGCUGCUGCAGUUGCCGGCCGUCCAGGUGGUGAGUUAUAAGCAAAGGAGGAGUCUUGCAAUUAAGUGCGCGUCGUCGUCUUCUUCGGUAAUAGACGGCGGUUGUGGUGAGUCAGUGGCGGCGUUAGAGAGGUGUUUUAUUGCGCCAGAUGCUUCACCGCCGGUGGAUUUAGGUUCCAGUUCGAGAGGAGAGUUUGGUCCGGUUAUGAAGGGAAGUAAAUUCGGUGCCUUUGGUGCUGUUACUCUGGAAAAAGGGAAACUCGAUUUGACUCAAAAAGAGUCCAAAGUUAGCCCUGAGGUCGCACUCGGGGGAGGUGGUGGGGAUAUUGGCAAAAAAAUCAAUCAUGGUGGUGGCGAUGGAGGUGACGAUGAUGGUGAUGAUGACGAUUACUUUGAUGACUUUGAUGAUGGUGAUGAGGGAGAUGAGGGUGGACUUUUCAGGAGAAGGAAAUUUCUUGAAGAGCUUUUCGAUCGAAAAUUUGUAGAUGCUGUUUUAAAUGAGUGGCAGAAAACGAUGAUGGAUUUGCCUGCUGGUUUCCGACAAGCUUAUGAGAUGGGUUUAAUUAGCUCAGCUCAAAUGGUAAAAUUCCUGGCAAUAAAUGCCAGACCGACAACUACUAGGUUUAUCUCCAGAUCACUUCCUCAAGCAAUAUCAAGGGCAUUUAUUGGAAGGAUGAUUGCGGAUCCUGCCUUCUUAUAUAGGCUACUUUUAGAGCAGGCUGCUACAGUCGGUUGCUCUGUUUGGUGGGAGUUGAAAAACCGCAAAGAUAGGAUAAAACAGGAAUGGGAUUUGGCACUUGUAAAUGUCCUCACAGCAUCAGCUUGUAAUGCCAUUGUUGUUUGGUCACUUGCUCCUUGUCGUUCAUAUGGAAAUACAUUCCGGUUUGAUUUGCAAAAUACAUUGCAGAAACUUCCGAACAAUAUAUUUGAAAAGAGUUACCCACUUAGAGAAUUUGACUUGCAAAAGAGAGUCCACUCAUUCUUCUAUAAGGCUGCAGAGCUGUGUGUGGUUGGAUUAAGUGCUGGAGCAAUACAAGGUCAAUUGUCAAAUGUUUUGGCCAGUAGAAAGAAAGACAGGUUAUCUGUGACUGUCCCACCUGUGAGUAACUAUGCGCGAGGUUAUGGUGCUUUUCUUGGACUCUAUGCUAAUUUGAGAUACCAGCUAUUAUGUGGGAUGGAUAGAGCAUUAGUCAGCCAUUUCGAUGUUAUUGGAGUUGCACUGUUUUUUAGCACGGCUUUGAGGAUUCUGAAUGUGCAAGUUGGAGAGACAUCAAGGCUGGCCUGGAUAGGGGCAGAAGCAGAUCCUCUAGUUCAGUCAGAUGAUCUUUUGAAGGCUUACAACAGGCCUUCUGAGGAUGCCACCAAGGCAUCUUCAAAAUGGUUUAUAUCAAAGAAAACCCUUGUGUCUGGGCUAGGGCUUCUUGGCAUCAAACAAGGGAAUGUCGAUUCUGUUGACGGAGUAGCACCACCUCCUAAAGCCCGCAGAAAGAGGGUAGUCCGAAAGAAGGUAUCAGCAUAGUUCAGUCGACGUAAUCAUGGUCAUCAUCCAAUUUUGCUACCUGUAGAUGACAUGUAUCUAUGCAUCAACUUGAGGAUUAAAAACAGCUUGGAGUAAAGUUGCGAGGAAACCUUCCUACCAUUGUAAUCUGCGAAGGAGUUGCAAGAUGGUAGGGAAGCACUCAGACCUGAAGAAUAUAUUUUUUGGGGGGUAACACAUUGUUUGGUUCUUGCAGUCACUACUUUUUGAUUUGGUUACAUUAGUCAGUGUGUUGUAAUACAGUAUAACACUGAAAAUUGAUCUCUGAAGUCUUUAACUUUGGGCUAACAUUUUGUUUUUUGAGCAAAAAUUUGAGUACUUUAUCUUA